AUGGCAGGGAGUUUGAGCUGCCGCAAAUUUAAAAUUAUGAACCAACCUGUCAUCCUUUAUGCCUUAGAACGGCGCCAAAACGGCGCCAAGAAUGUGUUUCUCACUAAGUCAGAUGUAGAGGGCAUCAUCCGGAUCAAGCAGGGCGACCAGCAGGCGCCCUCAGGCCGGCGGCGGCGGGGUGCGGGAGGGGGGGCGGCAGUGCAGGGCGGCACCAAGAACUACAGCAAGAAGGUGCUGCAGUUCUUCCAGGUGCUGAAGGGCGCUGGCGGUCAGGACAUCCUGUGCCGCUGCGUCAAGCGCAGCGGAGAGUGGCGGUGGUGCCCCGUGGUGCCGCUCGAGGAGCUGCCCCGAGUGAUCAAGGAGCACCACGAGCGGGCGACUGGCUUCAGCGGCUACAGCGCUGACAAAAUCCCUAAUGACAACCAGGACCUCACUUUUGACGGCGACCUGCACGACGUGGCGGUGCUGAAGCUGGCCAAGCCGGUCCCUGAUGCCGUGACGGUCACCCUGGCGGAUGGCUCGUUGGAGAUGGAGCGAGGGCAGCGGCUGAAAGUGGUGGGGUGGGGCAAGACGGAGGCGGGCCAGUCCAGCCAAGUGUUAGAGCAUGCCGAUGUGGAGCACAUGGCACCAAACCAGUGCCCUGCAGACUACAACGAUGUGAUGUGCGCCGGCAACACCGGGGCAAACACCUGCAAUGGCGACUCGGGUGGUCCGCUGCUGAUGGAAGACCCCAAGAGCGGCGACUGGGUGCAAGUCGGCAUCACCUCGCACGGCCCCGACUGCUUGACUGGCAACCCGAUCCUGGCCUAUGGUUUCUACAGCGACGUGCGGCUGUACCGCGAGGACAUUCUAGCAACCCUGGCGGCGGCGGCACCGCCGCUGCAGGCGCCAGGCCCCAGCCCCGGCCCAAGCCCUGGCAACAACUUGACCGGGGGCACCACCACCGUCGCCACCGGAGAAACCUCCUCUUACGACAGCGGCGACUUCACCUGCCUGGAUACCUUGAAUGGGUUCCAGUCUGACACAGACCUGCAGGGCGGCAGCCUGACGAUGAGCGACGACAGCGUUGUGAGCUCUGCCGGCCCCGAGGAUUGCUGUCAGUCCUGUGCUCGAGUAGAGGCCUGCUUCGCUUGGACCUGGAGCGCCAGCAGCAGCAACGCCUGUGGUGGGCCCUGCUGCUUCCUUAAGGCAGCAGAUGGCUGGUCGGCCGUGGCUGCCCCGGGCGCCAUCUCUGGCGCCUGGUACAGAUAGCUGCUGUUAGCUGGUACAGCGAGCAGUCAAAGGGCAAUUCGCAGCAGACUGACCAGAGACAGCGACUGACAGCUCAGCUUGCACACGUUGCUAUGUUUUUUCUCUUCUGGCAUUUUCGCUCAUGUGUAUGAGAACUGGUGC